GGCCACAGCCACGGCACCGGGCCCGGCGCUCCGCCAAGGCAGCCCCGGCAGCCGACCCCGCACAGCCCGCGGGGGAAGCAGCCGACACGGCGAGCCCGUGUUCAUCACAUGAAGCUGCUGAGGGACAGCCUGCAAAGAGGAUGAAAUGUGAAGAAAGCAGUCUAAAAUCAGAGCUAGAGGGACUCACAUGUGAACGUGGAAACCUUGCUGCACUGGGAGAAACACCUAAAACAUUUGAUGGGGAUGGAGGUUCAGGAGAUCCAGGAGACAGCAGUAUAACCCAACAGGAGAAAGAUGAAAGCAUUCCAGAGACUGAUGAAGGGAAGCAGGGAAAGGAGUGUGGUGUUUCUCUGGAGCCCCACGCAGUGAAAUCCAGCGGUACCCCAUUAAAAAUGGGUGGAUAUCUGCACCGCUAUCACACAUUCAGUGAAGAGGAGAGCAGCUGUGGCAGCUUUGACGGGGCCACCUCGGAGGACACGGAUCAGCCACGGAGGACGAUGCUCCUGGAACACAGCAGCUGCUUCUCGGAUGAGGACAGCAACCAGCCCAUGCCAGUGCACCGCUUCUUUGGGGAUGUGGAACUGCAUCUCCCGACAGUUGUGCUCCCGAGCGUGACAAGGAGCAGGAGAGAAGCCAGGAAGCUCCAUUUCAUUGCCAAAGAAGAUGAUGAUGAUGAGGAGGAGGAUGUUGUCUAACCACAAACUGUAAACAAAUUAAACCCUUCUUCUUUUUCUUUGUGACCACAUGGCAAUGGUUGUGUCCAUAACAUGAAGUGUCUGCUUGCCUUUUCUCAGGGAGAGAACUGGGAGAGUUUGUCUUGCAGGAAUUGGCAGACACAGUAUUCCAGUGAUUAUCUGGGGCAAAUACUGAAUUUUCAGUGAUUUGGAAAUAAAGUAUAAUUUAACACUUUACCACUGAUAUUUAGGAAAAAACCCCAAGGAAAAUAAAAGUUGGUAUUGCUUUUUUGUAAAUCUGAGCCUCUAUCUUGAGGAAGUAUUUGCUUUUACUCCUUUUUUUUUCCAAAAUAGUCCAAGAAAAAAUGCUGGAGCAAGUUGUUUUUUUUUCUUUUAAUUCUGCAAUGUCCAUGGCAUCCAGAUACUAAGGAGCCAACUGACUCCCUGAUACAAAGAAGAUCAAGGGUCUCCCUUGUGUGGCUUGUUUACACCCAACCCAGAAUCAAUUAAACCUCUAAAAUGCAGUGGUACUGGCAAAUUGAAAUGCAGGAUGUCAGAGUGGGUUCAGUGUGCUCAUCUCUGGGAGUUCAGCAUGUUUGCAUUGCACGUCAGCUCCCCAAACACCCACCCUGUGGUGCUGCCUCCUCCCUCCACCUGCUGCUCCAAGUGUUUUCCUUCAACUGAUUUCCAGCAGGGAUUUUGGAAACAAAUGCUUUGGUGGUGGGUAAUACACAAGGAAUAAUGUCCCUUGGACAGAGGAAGAUUGCUAAGGCUGUGGGGCAGCCCCCUCUGCAUGUUUU